AUGGAGACUAGGGGGACUUCCUCCAGUGGGGAGGGCGUCCUCUCCAGAAUGGCCCUCAACGACAACAAGGCAGGAAUGGAGGGCCUUGACAGGGACAAGAUCAACAAGAUAAUCAUGAAGUCCUCCAAGGUACCACGUUGAGAACUUCUGUCUUUGUAUCCAAACACCCAAACUAACACUCGCCUAGACUCUGAGUCAAUACCCUAGUUAGCUACCUUACUAUAAUGUAAUGGCACCGGAACUGACAAACCCACUUGUGUUGAGGCCCAGUGGGUUCUCUUCUCACAGUGUAACAUGGCCAGUUACUGGAGGUCAUCAGCCUCUGUAUUUACCUUCCUCUCCUACAGGGUUCCAGGUUCUAUGAGAACGAGAUGAAGAAGGAACAGCAGGUGAACCAGCGCAUUGAGAGGAUGAUGCUGCAGAAAGCACAUAUCACUGAGCAACAGCUGAGCAAAGCACAAACACAGGUACAGUGCAGGCGGGCUCUAUACACACACAUAGGUAUUAUGCGACCUCUGACACACAGAUACAGUAAGUGUAUUUAGGUGUUAUAAUUUGAUUGAAGCUCUGUCGCCUCUGAACGUAUUGUUGCAGGUGGAGAAGAUGACCUUUGACCUGGAGAGGGUUCGUGACCUGAGCCAUGUCAUUGUGCAUGUGGACAUGGAUGCCUUCUACGCUGCGGUGGAGACGAGAGACUGUCCUGACCUGAAGGACAAACCCAUGGCCGUGGGCUCUAUGAGCAUGCUGGUGAGAUUCUAUACAGGACUGUUCAUUUGCUAGCAAUGUACACUACAUGGCCUAAAGUAUGUGGACACCCCUUCAUAUUAGAGGAUUCGGCUAUUUCAGCCACACCCGUUGCUGACAGGUGUAUAAAAUCGAGCACACAGCCAUGCAAUCUCCAUAGACAAACAUUGGAUGUAGAAUGGCCCGUACUGAAGAGCUCAGUGACUUUCAACGUGGCACCAUCAUAGGAUGCCACCUUUCCAACAAGUCAGUUCAUCACAUUUCUGCCCUGCUAGAGCUGCCCUGGUCAACUGUAAGUGUUGUUAUUGUGAAGUGAAAACGUCUAGGAGCAACAACGGCUCAGUCACAAAGUGGUAGGCCACACAAGUUCACAGAACGGGGCCGCUGAGUGCUGAAGCGCAUAGCGCAUAAAAAUCGUCUGUCCUCGGUUGCAACACUCACUACCAAGUUCCAAAUUGCCUCUGGAAGCAACAUCAGCACAAAAAACGUUAGUCGGGAGCUUCAUGAAAUGUGUUUCCAUGGCCGAGCAGCCGCACACAAGCCUAAUAUCACCAUGCGCAAUGCCAAGUGUUGGCUGGAGUGGUGUCAAGCUCGCCGCCAUUGGACUCUGGAGUGAUGAAUCACGCUUCACCAUCUGGCAGUCUGACAGACGAAUCUGGGUUUGGUGAAUGUUACCUUCCCCAAUGCAUAGUGCCAACUGUAACGUUUGGUGGAGGAGGAAUAAUGGUCUGGGGCUGUUUUUCAUGGUUCGAGCUAGGCCCCUUAGUUCCAGUGAAGGGAAAUGUUAACGCUACAGCAAACAGUGACAUUCUAGACGAUUCUGUGCUUCUAACUUUGUGGCAACAGUUUGGGGAAGGCCCUUUCCUGUUUCAGCAUGACAAUGUCCCCAUGCACAAAGUGAGAUUCAUACAGAAAUGGUUUGUUGAGAUCGGACACCUUUGGGAUGAAUUGGAACGCUGACUGCGAGCCAGGCCUAAUCGCCCAACAACAGUUCCCGACCUCACUAAUGCUCUUGUGGCUGAAUGAAAGCAAGUCCCCGCAGCAAUGUUCCAACAUCUAGUGGAAAGCUUUCCCAGAAGAGUGGAGGCUGUUAUUGCAGCAAAGGGGGGACCAACUCCAUAUUAAUGCCCGUGAUUUUGGAAUGAGAUGUUUGACGAGCAGGUGUCCACAUACUUUUGGCCAUGUAAUGUAUAAUUAUAUAUUAUUAUAUAGUUCGUGAUACCAAAUGUCUCCAGUUAUGUGAUGUCAAAAUAAGAAAGCCAAGCCUGUUGAUUUUGUCGUCCUCACUACCCAGAGGGAGGUUCAUAUCUGCCGAUCUUUCACGUAUCAACUGGUUUAUGGUCUUUUAUCUGGAUCUGAAAAAUGUCCCGUUAUUGCACUACAACAAUUAUCUCAUAUUGAGCCCCAGGUUAUGUAUCUCUACAACUUGUAUCUGUUUUAUCCACUCUCCUCAGACAACUUCCAACUACCAUGCCAGGAAGUUUGGGGUCCGUGCCGCCAUGCCUGGCUUCAUCGCAAAGAAGCUCUGCCCAAACCUGGUUAUUGUUCCAACCAACUUUGACAAAUACAGAGCAGUGAGCGCUGAAGUAAGGAUAUGACACACACACACACACACACACACACACACAGUGUUUCAGUGGCCAGUGAGGCUUUUACUAUAUGUAUAAAUCCUCCCCAAACAGACAUGUGUCAUCCUAUUCCUCUGCUAGGUCCGGGAGAUCUUUGCAGACUAUGACCCUCACUUUCUGCCCAUGAGUCUGGACGAGGCGUACCUGGACAUCAGUGAGCACCUGGAGCAGAGGAGGGUCUGGCCAGAGGCCCUGCGUACCCACCGUCUCCGGACCAAAAACACUGGGACAGCUACAGGUACAUCUGUGUCAGUGCUAGGUCAGGAGUCGGUGUCUAAAUACAGUGGAUUACUGUGUAAUAAAUGUGUUAUGGUCAUUUGUUACGCUGUUGGAUUUCUUUUUUAAACCCGUUUUGCAGUUAUAGGUUACAUACUGUGAUAAAGUUGUCAUUUGUAAGACAACUUUGAGAGUAGACUAAGUAGUUUAGAUGUGAUGUAAAGGCAAGGAAAGGUUAUAUGGUAGAUAUAACAAAAGGAAAGAGGGUUAUUAAGAACUUAAUAGCAUAAGCCUCAUGCAAUUCUUCCUUUAUUUUCUGCCGGACAGAGAAAGUACAUUUGAAGGGAUUACAUUUACAUUACAUUUUAGUCAUUUAGCAUACGCUCUUAUCCAGAGCGACUUAGUUAGUGAGUGCAUAAUUUUUUUUCUCCAUAGAAUUAUGUAUGUGUAUUCCCUCUCUCUUUCUCUUAUCUAGUUCACUUUUGCCACCUGUCAAGCAUAACGAGUGACAAGGGGAGUAGAAGAUAAGAGACAUGGACACACAGCUGUGAAUCAUCUCUCAUUAUCUCACACCUUCUCUUGCUCUCGCUCUCUCUCGCUCUCUCUCUAGUUGAUGAGCAGGGUGAUGGCCAACAGGAGACGGUAGAGGGUCUGUCUCCUGUCCUGUUUGAGGACAGCCCUAGCUCCUCCUCCUCCUGCCCCUUUCUGCAGGAUGCUCUUGGGGGCGGGGCUGGGGGAGACGUGGUGGUGUUUGGGACCUGUGCCGAGGAGGCGGUGAGAGAGAUGCGCUUCCGCAUCGAGCAGAAAACCUCACUAACUGCCAGCGCAGGUGAGAGAGACGCUGUGUGUUCAUGUUCCUCGGAGGACACAUUGUCCAGGGCCCAUAGGGAAUAGGGUGCCUUUUGGGACAGAGCUGAGGGUUACAUAGUUGUGAAAAUAUCUCAGGGAAUAUUUGAUAUGUUACUAUCCUAGUGUAACUUCAUCAUCCUAUUCUGUAUGUAGUCACAUCAAGCAUGUAACACAUUUGCCAUGGGUCUUUUUAUUGGUUGUUCUUCUAGGCAUUGCCCCAAACAUGAUGCUGGCCAAGGUGUGUAGUGAUAAGAACAAACCCAACGGCCAGUACAGACUCCCCUCUAACCGACAAGCUGUCAUGGUAUUCAUACAGGACCUGCCAGUCCGGAAGGUAGGCUGCUGUACACCUAACCUCAACCCCAAACCUAGACAGCCUAUCUUAAGAGAUGCUUACUCUAGGAGAUUGUUUAUGGACCAUGUUGCUAGCUGAUGGCCUACAAAUAAAGAUUAGUAAAGGGUGGUCUUUUGGUGUGCCAGGUAUCAGGCAUUGGGAAGGUGACAGAGAAGAUGCUGGGAGCUCUAGGUAUCACCAGCUGUGUCCAUCUUGGCCAGGAGAUGUCGCUGCUGGCCUUGCUGUUCUCUGAGACAUCCUGGCACCACUUCCUCCACAUCUCCCUGGGCUUGGGCUCCACACACAUCGAGAGGUGCUGGCCGGGCAGGCAGAGGGGGGUGGGCAGGGCAGAGAGGGGCAGCUAUACAGAAGAUGAAUCCUUAAAAUGAGUUGAAGUCAUCUGACUGAGUCUGUCUGUUUUUGUCUUUACUUACAGAGAAGGAGAGAGAAAAAGCAUGAGCACAGAGAGGUAGUUAUUUUCCUUUUCUGGCAACAUACAGUGAGCUCCAAAAGUAUUUGGACAGUGACACAUUUUUUGUUGUUUUGGCUCUGUACUCAAGCACAUAGGAUUUGAAAUUACAAUGCCUAUGAGGUUAAAGUACAGACUCAGCUUUAAUUUGAGGUUUUUAUAACCAUAUUAGAUGAACCGUUAGAAUUUACAGAACUUUUUGUACAUAGUCUCCCCAUUUUAGGGAACCAAAAGUAUUUAGACAAAUUCACUUAUGUGUAUUAAAGUAGUCAAAGGUUUAGUAUUUUGUUCCAUAUUCCUAGCAUGUAAUGACUACAUCAAGCUUGUGAUUCUACAAACUUGUUGGAUGCCGUUGCAGUUUGUUUUGGUUGUGUUUCAGAUUAUUUUGUGCCGAAUAGAAAUGAAUGGUAAAUAAUUUGUCAUUUUGGAGUCACUUUUAUUCUAAAAAGACUAGAACACUUGUUUCUGAAGACUUCUAGAUUAAUGUGGAUGCUACCAUGAUUAUGGAUCAUAAUGAAUGAAUCGUGAAUAAUGAUGAGUGAGAAAGUUAGAGGCUCAAAGAUCAUAUCCCCAAGACCUCUCAUCAUUAUCAAUAACGUGAGGUUAGCCAUUUUGGGUGGGUAUGAUAUUUAUGACUCUAACUUUCUCACUCAUCAAUACAUUAUUUACCAUUAAUUUCUAUUUGGCACAAAAUAAUCUGAAACGCAAGCAAAACAAACUGUAAAUACAUCCAACAAGUUUGUAGAGUCACAAGCUUCAUGUAGUCAUUGCGUGCUAGGAAUAUGGGACCAAAUGCUAAACUUUUGACUACUUCAAUACGCAAGUUAAUUUGUCCAAAUACCUUUUGGUUCCCUAAAAUGGGUUGCCUGGCUACCCAGACUCCUUGCUCUGGCCAAACGCUACGCCACGCCCACGGACGUUAGUUACUUCUCCGCAAUGAGUCUGGAUCUGAGUACCUCCCUAACCCUUUUUAAUUAUUUUUUUCACCUUUAUUUAACCAGGUAGGCCAGUUGAGAACAAGUUCUCAUUUACAACUGCGACCUGGCCAAGAUAAAGCAAAGCAGUGCGAUUUAAAAACAACAACACAGAGUUACAUAUGGGGUAAAACAAAACAUAAAGUCAAAAAUACCACAGAAAAUAUAUAUACAGUGUGUGUGCAAAUGUAGCAAGUUAUGGAGGUAAGGCAAUAAAUAGGCCAUAGUGCAAAAUAAUUACAAUUAGUAUUAACACUGGAAUGAUAGAUGUGCAAGAGAUGAUGUGCAAAUAGAGAUACUGGGGUGCAAAUGAGCAAAAUAAAUAACAAUAUGGGGAUGAGGUAAUUGAGUGGGCUAAUUUCAGAAGGGCUGUGUACGGGUGCAGUGAUAGGUAAGGUGCUCUGACAACUGAUGCUUAAAGUUAGUGAGGGAGAUAAGUGUCUCCAGCUUCAGAGAUUUUUGCAGUUCGUUCAGGUCAUUGGCAGCAGAGAACUGGAAGGAAUGGCGGCCAAAGGAGGUGUUGGCUUUGGGGAUGACCAGUGAGAUAUACCUGCUGGAGUGCAUACUACGGGUGGGUGUUGCUAUGGUGACCAAUGAGCUAAGAUAAGGCGGAGAUUUGCCUAGCAGUGAUUUAUAGAUGGCCUGGAGCCAGUGGGUUUGGCGACGAAUAUGUAGUGAGGACCAGCCAACAAGAGCAUACAGGUCACAGUGGUGGGUAGUAUAUGGGGCUUUGGUGACAAAACGGAUGGCACUGUGAUAGACUACAUCCAAUUUGCUGAGUAGAGUGUUGGAGGCUAUUUUGUAAAUGACAUCGCCGAAGUCAAGGAUCGGUAGAAUAGUCAGUUUUACGAGGGCAUGUUUGGCAGCAUGAGUGAAGGAGGCUUUGUUGCGAAAUAGGAAGCCGAUUCUAGAUUUAACUUUGGAUUGGAGAUGCUUAAUGUGAGUCUGGAAGGAGAGUUUACGGUCUAACCAGGCACCUAGGUAUUUGUAGAUGUCCACAUACUCUAGGUCAGACCCGUCGAGAGUAGUGAUUCUAGUCGGGUGGGCGGGUGCCAGCAGCGUUCAAUUGAAGAGCAUGCAUUUACUUUUACUAGUGUUUAAGAGCAGUUGGAGGCUACGGAAGGAGUGUUGUAUGGCAUUGAAGCUCGUUUGGAGGUUUGUUAACACAGUGUCCAAUGAAGGACCAGAUGUAUACAAAAUGGUGUCGUCUGCGUAGAGGUGGAUCUGAGAGUCACCAGCAGCAAGAGCGACAUCAUUGAUAUACACAGAGAAAAUAGUUCACCGAAUGCUAACACAUUCGGGGCCGUCUGAUUGGUCCAGAAACCGAUGGGUUGAGCCAGAACACACGUGUGUAAAGUGGUGGUUUUAAAAUUAGUCAUUGGCUUUGAUACUCUGAUUGGUUAGAGAUUAUCCAAUUGCUGACUUUGUUUUGUACAACACCCCUCGUGCCCCUCAAUCGACUUCAAUGAUGGCAGUCUCAGACUAUAGUAUGUAGCGAACGACAGACUAGCGGAAGAAUUUGGUGUGAGUCGUCAAGCUAUAAAAUGGGGGGACAAUGUACAAAAGGUACUGUAAUUUCUAAACGUUCAUGUAAGCUUGCGAGAUCAGGUGGCUUGCUAGGCUACCGAUAUGGAUGAAAAUACCCUUAAAUUAAGCUGACAGUCUGCACUUUAACCUCAUAGUCAUUGUUUCAUUUGAAAUCCAAAGUGCUGGAGUUCAGAGACAAAAUAACAAAAAAUGUAACUUUCCAAAUACUUUUGGAGCUCACUGUAAAUGUGAAAUAAAUAGGUAAAUAAUGGAACAUACUGUAAAACUCUCCCGACAUCCAACAUGUUUCUCUAUCUCCUUCAUUCUCUGGUAGGACAUUUGGAGAGAUGAGUGCAUUAGAGGAGCAGUUCUCUCUGUGCAGGCAGCUGUGUCAAGACCUGGCUCAGGACCUGCAGAAGGAGGAUCUCAAGGUACUCUACAGCAGUGGUUUUCAAACCUCUCCUCGGGGAUCCCCAGACGUUUCACAAUUGUGUUGUAGCCCUUAACUAGCUCACCUGUUUCACCUAUUCAAAGGCUUGAUGAUUAGUUGACAAGUUGAAUCAGUUGUGCUAGCUGUGGAAUAGUUCAAAUACAUGGAACAACUGGGGGUCCCAUAGGAGAGGAUUGAAAAGUACAGCUCAGUUCAUUACAGUACACUUUUAGUAAUAGUACAGGUCAUUACUAGAAUAGAGGGCAGUUGUGUAGCACAUUUAUCCUCCUUGCUUAGAGUAUAUUUUCUUAAACACAAAUUCACUGUCUGAUAGCCUCUUGUAUUCAUAGUACAUUUUUAAAAAAUCAAACAACGAUUCCCUAGUAUUUGGCUUUUUGUGGCUAUUGUGUGAAAUGCAGAACCGUUCGACAGUACAUGGAACUGUUUGCUAUGGCCAGUGUUAGUAUUCAGCACCAUUGUGAUGUGUUGGCUCCCAGAAUCAAUCUGUCUCUAAGAAGCAUCUCACACAAUUACUAGAGCGUCUGGUCCCAUCCCAAUCAAUAGAGAGAGCUGCCUUGGCACAGCCAUCACCCCCUGGCUGAGCCCUAAUGUUCUUUUGAUACCUGGAGGAAAUGGAGAGCCAUUAUGGAGACUACCAGGGACUAGUGUGAGCCUCAGCCUGCCUAGGGAAUAGGCUGCUUGGGGAUGAUCAUCACGCUCCUAGGAAAAUGCCUUUGACCCUUCUUCACUUAGUGUCAUCUAUCAGUCAAAUCAAUGUCUGUUUUGUCCUUUGACUCCUUCCCCAGGUCCAACCAGAUGUGUCCUGUAAUUCACCAUGUCAUUGCUCUGUGUUCUUCCAGGGCAAGACAGUGACGUUAAAGCUGAAAAAUGUUAACUUUGAGGUGAAAACCAGAGCGUGGACGUUGCCGUGUGCCGUUGCUACGACUGACGAGCUCUUUGCUGUCGCUAAGGACUUGCUGAAGACUGAGAUCGACAACGUCAGCCCCCAGCCACUGAGACUGAGGCUCAUGGGUAAUCUUAGUUUACCUUCUCUCACUGGUUUAAAUGUGGUGUACCAUUGGCAAAAAAUACUUAAUAUCAUCUCUCAUAUAUGUUGUAUAUACCAGUAAUAUAUUAAGUACCUUCUACUGAUUCUGUUAUUAAUUAGUAUCUUUGAACUUGAAACUUUAUUAAAACAAUUCAAUGCAGUUUUAAGUCAACCCUUGCGUGUCUGCAGGCGUUCGAGUUUCCAGCUUCGUCAGUGCUGAUGACAAGAAACCCCUGCAGAAGAGCAUUGUGGGAUUUCUUCAGCAAGGCGGGGCUGACUCCAGUAGCCCUUCCCAGAUGUCCUCCCAUAAGCCUGUGAAAGAACAUCAACCUAAGCCUCCAGGCCAGACCCAGCCCUUUCCCUGCCCUUUCCUGUUACAGCAGAGCCAGGGGCAGGAGGAUCACCCCUGGGUACCCAGCUGGGGAGGAGUGGAGGUGGGGAGGACUGGGGAGCAGCAGCAGUCCUUCUUCCAGAGAGCUCACACCCAGAGGCUGCGGCUGCAAGCUGAGAGAGCGGACCCAUCAGAGGAUGGAAAGUGGAACGGUUUAGAGACCAGACUGGGCCCAACCUCAUCGGCCACCAACCCCAAAGAGAGACACCCACAGACACCCACUCAGAAGAAUCCAAAUACAUCAGCAGAGACACACUUCUCUAUGAGUGCAUUCACAGCUUCUGACAACAUGAUACAUGCACCUACAGCCAACACCACAGAGGCCCAUGUGUCUACUUCAUCGUGCUGGUCCACAGAGUCAGGGACAGGUAGUCUGACCUGCCCUGUAUGCUUCAGGGAGGUGAACACCACAGACCUGACAGUCUUCAACAGACACAUUGACCAGUGUCUCAGUGGGGUUCCUAUGGAGCAUAACAUUCACACAGACACAGAACUAGAGCGAGGCUCCAGUGUCUGUGAGGAGGAGGUGGAGAAAGAGAGGGAGGAGGAGGUUGAGAAAGAGAUGGCUGAAGAAGGAAGGAGGUGGGAGGAGGGGGUGAUUGAGAAAGGUAGGGACCCACUCAGUAUGUGCAUGUUGGACUCAUUGGGCCUUCGAUUGGACUCUAGUGCAGGUGAUCAUACAGGACUACUUCUGUAUGAGACUAGUACAACUAAUAUUUCACUGAACACUGUGGGCCUGAACCCUGUCUGCCUUAACACUUGUCCAAAUGGAGGUGUAUCUAUACCUAGAGGUACAGACCCUAACAUCCUGAAGGGUUCAUCUCAAAGUGACUCUCGUGUUCGUCCGUUGUCCCCCGGUGGCCCUCGGCCAAUGGCUACGCCGAAGCCUGAGUCACAUGACCCCAGAGACCCCGCCCUCACCUGCCCGGUGUGUCAGGUGACACAGGACACCGAUGACCUCACCCUCUUUAACCAACACGUUGACCUCUGUCUAAACCAGGAAAUCCUGCAUGAGCUUGGAGGACUGGCGUCUGUGGACCGCACCACCCACAAUGCAACACCUGCUGCCCACAAAGGUCAGUGUUUCAGAGAUGUUUUAUUUACUGACAUUGUCAUUAAAAUAGGUCAGGAACUUUCCCACCCUGUUUUCAAUGCGUUUCCAAUGCCAGUCUCAUACACAUUGUUUGCAUGGGUCCUGUUUCUGCCUCUGUUUUUACUCAAGAUGUAAUCCAGGAGAUUGUAAAUUGAGGUUGAGGAUAUUUUCUUCUAAGAAAUAGUGAAACUGUCCUAGUCUAAGGGUGAAAUUAGAAUAAUUAGUUUGGCCACUGUGAGGCGAGUGGGCCUCUGUCUCUCUCAGUGACAGUGGUAUUGUGGGGGCUGUGUAUUGAUUCCCUUUGAGAGAGAGAAGACAUCUCAUUUCACCCUGUGGGGCCUCCCCUGCCCUGCUCACUGCCACUGGUAAAUCACUUCUUCACCCAUUCAAUCCUGACAAUGGAAAGACGGUCUCUUCCAGUUUCCUCUUAACUAUCUUGCCUGGGAGAUUGCAGUCUUUAUAGCUUUGAAAAUAACACAAAUGACUUAAUAUCUUGUCGGACCUAGACAGUUGUCAUUCUUUUUUGUCAAUGGUUUUUCCUGUUUUUUUCCCCUCCACAGAGAGAGAGCAGCCCCUGCAGAGAGCGCCACAGAAAGGCAAGAGCAAAAGGUGAGACUACAUCUCCUUACACAUCUCUGACUGGAUGUAUCCAUCAGAGAUUGGAGUGUCACUAAGAGAGAAGGAGAGAGAGAAUUGAUUAGAUGUACCCAUCGUUACUGACUCAUGGUGUUAGCAACACCCUAGCUUUGAAUUGAUCAAUUAACGUUGUCAAUUGACUUGAAAGUCAGCACAUUCACAAUGGACUUAAGUAAACACAAAUGUUGUGUGGUAGAUUAAAACAUUGACCAGAAGUUGACAAGGUUUCAGAUACUGGUGCAGACAGAGAGAAUCGUGCAGUAAAAUGUGCUGUGUUUUGUUCUGGCUACUCUUCCAGGAGAGGCUCGUCUCCCCAGCCCCCCUCUAAGAAGGCCAAAGCCCUGGGCCCAGCUCGGAACACCAUCGACAAGUUCUUU